UUUUUUUUUUUUCUUUUUUACUUUGGUCGUCGUCGUCGUCUUCGUUGAGGAGGAGGAUUGAUAAAUCAGAGCCGUACACGUGGCAUAAUGGGGGCGGAGGUGAUUGAGAUGUGGGGUACGUGGGAAGAAUUACUAUUAGGUGGAGCUGUUCUCCGGCACGGUACCCGAGACUGGAACCUUGUUGCUGCGGAGCUCCGAGCCCGAACCGUUUGUCCGUACACUUUCACUCCUGAGGUGUGUAAAGCUAGGUAUGAGGACUUGCAACAGCGUUUUUCAGGACGCAAAGCUUGGUUUGAAGAACUACGGAAGCAACGGAUGGCAGAGCUGAGGCGAGCUCUAGCACUAUCUGAAAAUUCAAUUGGGUCUCUGGAGUCAAAACUUGAAACACUCAAGGCUGAAAGAGGAAAUGACUGUCACGUCGGUUAUUUCUCAAGCCAGACAGAAUCACCUGUGCCAUUCCAGAAGUCUGAGGCAGUUGUAUCAUCCAGCAAAGAGACAUCUAAGGAUGGACUAUCUGCUGGUAGUUUCACGAGGGAAAUCCGGACAAACUGGUCACCUGAAUCUCAGAUUCCAGCCGCAGCACCAGCUGAAGAGAUGGAUGCUAAGCCAGAGGUUUCACAGUCUUCGGAGCAAGAGAAAGUUUCAAGCAUUGAGAAGCUAACAGACAUUGUUUGUGGAGGACAAAUUGGAACUUUGAGGAGGAGGAGAGGGAAGAGAAAGAGGAAGUUCUGUAAUAGGGAUAUCAAGGAAGGGAGUGUUGGAGAAAGUGACGUUUGGGGUGUAACUGAUACUUUGACUGCCUCUCGGUGUAAAGAAAAUUCAACCAGCGAAUCCGGUCAUAUUUCCAGAUCUUGUGGUGUUGAUGAUCAAAGUGGAAGCCCAAGAAAGGAUAGAAUUGAGGAUCUCAGGAGUACUUUUGAAUCUGUUGCACAGAAUGAAGGUGCCUCUGUCUUCCGUCAUCGUCUUGAUAGCCAGAAGAGAGGACGAUACAAGAAAAUGAUCUUGCGGCACAUGGAUUUUGACACAAUAAGAUCAAGAAUUUCCAGUCACUCCAUCACAUCAGUCAAGGAACUCUUUCGGGAUCUGCUGCUACUCACCAACAAUGCCGUGGUCUUUUAUUCUAAGAACACUCGUGAGUACAAAUCUGCAUUGCAGCUUAGAGCCUUUGUGAUUAAAACUUUGCGAGAACACUUCAAGGACGACGGUAACAAGCCUACAACUUCCACUCCAUCUUUAAGCUCACCUAUGAGUAAACCUCCGGCGAAACCUCGAAGUGCUCGUCCUAGUAAUCGCAAACAAUCACAAAAAGUUGCCAACGCUGGAAAUGUUAUCGAUAAGCCUCCUAAUCGAGGUAAACGAUCAAGUAAUACUGAGUCCCCUCCUUCAACGGAAUCAUUAGCAGUGAUUAAGAAACGGGCAAAUGCUAGAGCUGAAACUGCAGCGAGGGGAAGGAGGAGAAAUCGGGCUAGGUGAUAAUUGUUGUAUAUUGUUUUUGUAACAUGGGUGGGUUGUUUAGAAGAGUCCUCAGUUGUACAAAAUUGUUCCUUGGUCUGGUAAAUCACUUGUAAAAUUGCUUGUAAACAACUCCAAUCAAUUAGAGAAGAAAUUUUUGUUUAUCCUCGUA